UCCGGCAACGUUACAUACGAAGUGCGCAUAGCACGCGCACGUUGACCGAAGUACGCGUUGCUAGCUUCGCAUAUCAUUUUUAGAGUAAAUAUGUUGGACCUUUUUACAAUAUUCAGUAAAAGCGGGAUUGUGUUGUGGUGUUUUCAAGGCACAACACAGCUUUUUACACCUUCUGUCAAUGCUUUAAUUCGUACAGUAAUCCUCCAGGAACGUGGAGGAGAUAAUUCAUUUUCUCAUGAAAACCUUACCUUGAAGUACAAACUGGACAACGAAUUUGAGCUUGUCUAUGUGGUAGCCUAUCAAAAGGUACUACAGCUAUCCUACGUUGACAAAUUUCUCGAUGACAUACAGCUGGAAUUUAGAGACAAAUACAAGACCCAGUUGGAAUGUGGAAGUCUCUUUACCAAUUUCGAUCUCACGUCUGAGUAUGAAGAGGCUCUGCGUGACGCUGAAGAACAUGGACGCAUUAUUGCAUCACAGCAGAAGAAGAUGAGGUCAUACGAGGAGUCUUCCAAAUCAAAGAAGACUGUUGCAUCUAUGAUUGAGAACAAAAAAGAUACAAAUGCUCCAGCUAAAGGCAAAGAGGUUGCUAAAAAGAAACCAGAAGUAAAGAAAGACACAGCUGAAAAUGGCGGUGUGGGUGACUUGAAUGAAGAUGCAAUCAUGCGAAAUCGUCAGAAGCUCUUCGAGAAGAUGCAGGGAAAGAAAAAGGCUGAAAAAAGUGCCAAAAGUCCCUCCGCCAGUAAAGAUAAGUCUAAAAAGCCGAGGAUAUGGGACCAAGGGGGGAAAUCCAGUGAUGUCAAGACCCUAGAUUAUAGUGAAGCAACUUUGAAUGGAAGUGAUGAAGCACCCGGCCAUCCAGAUGAGUUUGCGACUGCAGAAUCUCGUUCUUGGGUCGGGAAAGUCGGUGGUGAGAUCAAAGACAUGGAGUACUCUGAAAGUGAGGAGGAGGAAGAAAUGGAGGAGCAGGAAGUGCUGCCAAAAGAAAAGAAGGGAAAGAACAAGGGGUCUGGGAUGUUCAGCAUGUUCCGUGGCCUGGUUGGCUCAAAGAGCAUCACCGCAGAAGAUAUGAGGCCGGUGUUAGACAAGCUGAAAGACCAUCUCAUUGCUAAGAACGUGGCUGCUGAUGUGGCUCAGAAGUUGUGUGAAUCCGUUGCUGGCAAACUGGAAGGCAAGGUUCUCGGUACCUUUGUCGGUGUGGCAUCCACUGUGAAGUCAACACUGGUUGAAGCCCUGGUGCAGCUGCUGUCACCAAGGCGGCGCAUCAACAUCUUGAGAGACGUUCUCGAAGCGCAGCGUAGCCACCGGCCAUACGUUAUGACCUUCUGCGGUGUGAAUGGUGUAGGAAAGUCUACAAACUUGGCUAAGAUAUGUUUUUGGCUUGUUGAGAACAAUUACCGUGUUCUGAUCGCUGCGUGCGACACGUUCCGCGCUGGUGCUGUAGAACAGCUUCGUACUCACAUGCGCCACUUGAAUGCACUACACCCACCUGAGAAACAUGGCGGCAAACAGAUGGUACAACUGUAUGAGAAAGGCUACGGAAAGGAUGCUGCUGGUAUCGCGAUGGAGGCAAUCAACUAUGCUCGAGACACAAGGAUUGAUGUUGUACUUGUUGACACUGCUGGAAGAAUGCAAGACAAUGAGCCGCUUAUGCGAGCUUUGGCAAAGCUCAUCACCGUGAACAACCCUGACUUGGUACUCUUUGUUGGAGAGGCUCUGGUGGGGAAUGAAGCAGUAGAUCAGUUGGUGAAAUUCAACCAGGCUUUGGCUGACCAUUCAAGCAAAGAUAACCCGCACCUCAUUGAUGGAAUUGUGCUCACCAAAUUUGACACCAUCGAUGACAAGGUGGGUGCUGCAGUCUCGAUGACGUACAUCACUGGUCAGCCAAUUGUCUUUGUUGGAACAGGCCAGACCUACAUAGACUUAAAAACCAUCAAUGCAAACGCUGUGGUACAUGCUCUCAUGAAGUAAAUUGUUGAUGUACUUGCCAACUGUUAUUGAUCAUACUGGGAACUUGUAGAUAGACAGGACCUUGCUUCAGCACCGAAGAACUGCAAAACAGCUUUUGAUGUUAAUUGCUAUGGACGUGUUAGACUCACUCGAUUGGUCAUGUUGUUCUGUUUAUGAAAGUACUGCAGUUUUAUUUUAGCUUGUCAUUGACAACAUUCCCAAUCAGUUUGCUGAGUUUGUUUUGUUAACGUCAUACUUGAAAUAUGAUCUUUAUCAGGUGGCACUCAUCUUGUUGUUGUCCUGGAAAUCUUGAGGUUGGUAUUGAUAUAUCAUGAGAGAUCAUCAUUGUGAUGUAUUCUCGUACAUUUUUAACUAACUUAUUGGAGACGUUGCACAAAUUCAACUGUGUUGCAGUUGGAAAACGUCUUCCUGGAGCAUAAACACGUAAUUAAAGCUGUGUUUGUACUUUUUUUUAUUGCAGUUUGAAGAAUUGUAUUCCUAUACACAUAAAUGUAGAUAUAUUUUUUCUUGUUGCAUGUACUAAGGAUGGAUAAUAAGAUUUUAAGGAGUCAAA